AGAACAGCCCAUCUUCACUACCCGAGCACAUGUCUUCCAGAUCGACCCCAGCACCAAGAAGAACUGGGUGCCUGCAAGCAAGCAAGCUGUCACCGUCUCCUACUUCUACGAUGUCACAAGAAACAGCUAUCGGAUCAUCAGUGUGGAUGGAGCCAAGGUGAUCAUCAACAGCACAAUCACGCCCAACAUGACUUUCACCAAAACGUCACAGAAGUUCGGGCAGUGGGCGGACAGCAGAGCCAACACGGUGUUUGGUUUGGGGUUUUCCUCGGAGCAGCAGCUGACAAAGUUUGCAGAGAAAUUCCAGGAAGUGAAAGAAGCUGCCAGACUAGCCAGAGACAAAUCCCAGGAGAAAAUUGAGACUUCGAGCAAUCAUUCCCAAGCAUCCAGCAUCAAUGGGACAGACGAUGAGAAGGCCUCUUGUGCGGGUCCUGCCGAUACACACCUCAAGUCCGAGAAUGACAAGCUGAAGAUCGCUCUGACCCAGAGUGCUGCCAACGUGAAGAAGUGGGAGAUUGAGCUGCAGACCCUGAGAGAAAGCAACGCGCGGCUGACCUCGGCGCUGCAGGAGUCGGCGGCCAGCGUGGAGCAGUGGAAGCGCCAGUUCUCACUGUGCCGAGAUGAGAACGACCGGCUCCGGAACAAGAUUGACGAGCUGGAAGAACAGUGCAGCGAGAUCAACAGAGAGAAGGAGCAGAAUACCCAGUUGAAGAGAAGGAUUGAGGAGCUAGAAUCAGAACUCCGAGAAAAGGAGAUGGAGUUGACAGACCUCCGAAAACAGAGUGAAAUCAUACCUCAGCUCAUGUCAGAGUGUGAAUACGUCUCUGAGAAGUUAGAGCUAAAGAGCUGA